UUUGUGUGUGUGUUGGUGCGAGAACAGUCAGCCGCCACGCCACGGUUAGGGCAACGAAGCCCUUUUGUGUGUGGGCUAGUUAAUGUGUGGCGGUGCAGCAAAGCGCUAGCUGAGUAAGGCAUGACAAGCGAGUAUUUGCGGCUCCGCAGGGCAGAAGAGCGAAAUUUCGCAUUAAGCAGAUACAAACGAACUACAAUUUGAAUUCAACACUCUGAGGUAGCGGCAUGGUGAUGACUUAUUUAAUAGACAUCACAGACUUUCCUUUUGAUCGUUUUUGUCUUGUAACGGAUUCGACAAUCACGACCCAGUAGUCCGCUACCGAGUGUCCGUUGGUGAUUUGAAUGUCUGCCCCACAUGGCUACAGCGGUCUAACGGGUCUGUCGUUCCCAGCCAGCACUACAAUUCUCACCACUAUCGCACCAUCCCUCUUCGGUUACCUCCCUCAUCUCCACCGUCUCCAACAUCUUCAAUCCCCACUUCGCAAUGUCGCACCCCCGCCGCGCCGCUGUUCCCAACUCCUGGGAUGACGACGACUGGAUCUCCCCCUCCGCAUCUACAUCUAUUUCAAACGCGCCGAUAGUCCUCGCCGCUCCCUCUACCAUUGUCGAGGUUCCCGUCAUAAUCGCAAACCAGCAGCCAAAAACAUUAUACAAACCCGAGAUCAGACUUCUGAAGCGCGCAUCACCAUCCGCGUCCCCCGCACCUGCGCCCUCGAGGACGAGCACCCGCUCUGAGGAAAAGGAACGCAAGGAGAAGGAACGCAAGGAGAAGGAACGUAGAUAUCAGGAAGCCAAGGAUCGAAUAUUUGCUGCCUCGUCGCCUUCUACGACUACCGCUUCCUCACCCGUUCCGUCGGAGAAUGAAAGUGGGAAGGGGAAGGGGAAAGGGAAGCAGUCUGGGGGGAAUUCACCCAGAAAGAACUCGCCAUCUGGAACUGCUACCAAUACCACCACCACUGGGACUACAAGUUCUUCUGCGCGGAGGCCGCAACCACAGCAGCCACAGAGUACAGGCGCAAUCACGGGGUUCUCACUAAACUCUGGUUCCUUUUCUUCGGCGCCCAUCAAGGCGCGGGAACGACAGGAAUGGCAGCUGCGACAGGUCGCGCUGGACGGAAAGAUGCUGGAGAGCCAGGCGCAGAAGUACGGAUUCGGCCGGAACGAUGAACUGCUGGGAGACAAGGAGCGCGGUUUAGAUUGGGAUGAGUUCAGGAGGGAUCGGUGGGAGGGCGGGGUUGAAGAAGAGGUGGAGGGGAGGUUGGAGCGGUUGGACUUCGUUGAGGUUGGGGAGAGCGCUGACGAACCGAUGCUCAAACCACCCAGGAAGAGUGUGGCAGGUACGGUGACUCCGGUGAGGGAGCCUAGAGGUCCUGAUAGUGAGGGAAGGGGGUUCAGUGGGCGCGGCAGAGGCGGUGGGAAGCGCGGCGGCGCUUCAUGAGUUCGUCCUUCAUUGUGACCUGUUGAGCAUAUGAAGAGGUUCUGUUAUUUCUUUGAUUGGUUUGAUUAUCAUUGGCUGGGAUUUCAUAGAGGCGUGGGGGAAGCGUGGGAUUUGUACUUUUACUAUUAUGUUACUCUGCCAGAAUUUUGGGCAUGAUGGAGGUGAUUUGCUACCUUUUUUCUCGUAAUGACACAAGCGCAUAACUUGCUUCAUUAACGA